GCAAACUGCAACAGGUGAGGAUGGUUUGCUGUUCUGAGCUCGCAAAGAGUUGAAGCAGGCCUAUGUGUAUUCACUGCCAAAAAAGACAAAAAUCUGCAUGUAACUGUGAGUCAGCCUGGAGCCAGCAGUCUGCCAGAAGUUAAGGACCGACUCUUUGACCUCCCUCCCCCUCUCCGCUGUCCUGCCCGAACGUGCGGACCGAUCUUCUCCCCCCUGUGGCUGAUCAGCAUGACAAAACACUGGCCGGAGCCUAGCCUCUUGGCACAACCUUCUCUGCCCCACAUCGGAGAGCAUCAGGGCCAUCAACUUGACUUCCACAGAAAUGUUCAGCAGAGUUUUCCUCCAGGCGUUGUAGCGCGGAGCAACACAGCCCAGCAUUGGCCUCACCAGUACCCGGGUCAUAUGGUUCCACAACAACUGCCGCGCUUGGAGAAGUCCGGAACGCGCCCCGAACACCUCACCAGUGACACGGCAUUUAUGGAUAAAGUCUCACCACCAAGAUUCCCGAAUCCUGAAGAUGCCAACUUCAAGCAGGAAUCUAUUAACCGGGACUCGUGGAACAGUGAAGGGGACAAGAGUGGCACCAGCGGUGGGAAGAAAAAGAACUAUCAGCGGUAUCCGAAGCCUCCCUACUCGUACCUCGCUAUGAUUGCAAUGGUCAUCCAAAGGUCCCCAGAGAAGAAACUCACGUUAUCUGAGAUCCUGAAGGAGAUCAGCACCCUCUUCCCAUUCUUCAAAGGGAACUAUAAGGGCUGGCGAGAUUCUGUGCGACACAACCUCUCCUCUUAUGACUGCUUUGUGAAGGUACUGAAGGACCCAGGGAAGCCUCAAGGCAAGGGCAACUUCUGGGCGGUGGAGCUGAGCCGUGUUCCUCUGGAGCUCCUUAAGAGGCAAAACACGGCAGUGUCCCGCCAGGAUGAGACCAUCUUCGCCCAGGACCUGGCCCCCUACAUCCUGCAGGGACACAAGCCAGAAUCUGAACCCCCCACUGCCCCGGUCCCCGCCCUACCUGCGAUGCGCUCCAGAAACCCCUCUCCACCGCAGGAGGAUUCGUUCCGACCUAAACUGGACUCCUCCUUUGCCAUCGACUCUCUACUGCACAGCCUGCGGCCUCUGAGUGCCUCCGGAGACGUGGAUGUGUCUUCUAGGGAUUGCUGGGGCAAGCUUGAUCGGACCCGUUCCUCACCUCCUCCCCGUCCUCGCUAUGCCUCCUCCGCUCGCAGUGCCUCGGCAAGCUCUGCCAGCCCAGCAUCCACUUCCUCCUCCUCUUCCGAUGAAGAAUGGAAAGGCAUGUCUCUGUCUGGUAAGCGUGUUCCUCAGGAUGGCGAGGCUGGGUCAGACGGUUAUGAGGACUACAGACCUCCUCUUCACAAAUCAGCCAGACGGGAGACUGUUGCACCUCCAUGGGAGCUUCCCACCUCCUAUGCAAAAUAUGCUCCUCCUAACGCUGUUGCUCCACCAAGCAUGCGAUUCAAUGGAGGCCCUCUGGUGCCCCUACAUGGUGGACUUCCUCUUUAUGGCUACGGUAGCUCUCCUGUUGCACCUGGUCACUUUAUAAGUCAUGCUUAUUGGCCUAUCCUCCCUAACGGACAUGUUUCUGUCCAAGCCCCGCCCCUCAUCAUGGACCUGGACAACAUGUUGCAAUCUGUUCCUCCGAAUAAAAGUGUGUUUGACGUGUUGGUACCAAACAAUCAGAACUCUCUCUCACAUCAUCAACCACCCAGUCAAUACAGCUUGCAGAAUGGACAUCCCCUAAACAGGUAUUCUCAGUACUGACUCUUAAAAACAGACUUCUUCACUUCUACUCAGCCCAACUGUAAGUAAAAAUGCACAGAUGCUAAGCAACUAUCAUGAAGGAUGGGGAGUGUGUCAAGAUCCACAAGAACAAACAUUCCGGCAGCAAAUUUGUCCAAAACAAAAGUCCAGCCCAGGAAACAUUUACAGGAGACAUGCAAAAAGGUGCUGAAUGACAUAAGAGAAAGUUGGGGAUGUUGUCUUUCUUAUCAGUAUAUAUGGAGUGGUUUCAUAGGAUAAAUCUACCUAAAUCAUCUAUACAACAAACAAAUAUCUACCUCAAUCUUACAACAACACAAUUUAUGUGUGUAUACUGCCAAUAAUAUUUGCACUGUUUUUUUUAUUGACACAAAUACAUGUUUUCUACCUAU